UUUUCUUGUAUGAAGCGGUCAUAUUAAAUUUACAGAAACACAUAGAGUAUAAUAUAUACACUCUUUAGUACAACAUGAAUGUAUUGAACAUAGUAUUUUUAUUUCUUGUAACAGUUUUUCCUGCUAUUGAAGGGUUGGUUACAGACAAAGAUUAUGCUUCUUUACCAGACUUAUUUCAUCAAGAUAAUUUUGAUAAAUGCAUGCUUUUUGAUGAUGAAGCACUGUACUGCUAUUUUGAAUACGAAUUGGAACCACAAAAUAAUGAGAAUGCCGUGUGGAAAGCUAUGCAAGAAUUAUCAAAAGACAGUUACAAUUACAGACAUGAUAACUUGAGACACUGGAUAUGUGUUCCGACUACUUGUCCCAAUGUUACAGAAAAGUUUGAAGACAGCACCACGCUAACGAAACAAAUUAAUAAUUGUUACGAUAAAAAAAUGUUUAAGUAUGGAUUCAGAGGAACCGUCAAAAAUUUGACAUGUGACACAAACAAAUCUAAAUUCCCAGUUGACUGGAUAGAUAUAUUAGUUGCCUACUUUUUCAUUGUCUACAUAAGUAUUGUACUUUUAUGUACAAGUGUAGAUAAUGUAAUAGAAAACUGGUAUGAGAAAGACUACGAAAAAUUUUCUAAUACAAGCUAUGGAAGAAUAGUCAACUCGUUUUCUUUAUGUACAAGCUGGAUCAGACUUAGAACUGUAAAAAGCACGCCAGAAGUCGACUAUUUAAGACCAUUGCAAGGUCUUCGAUUUUACAAUAUAGUUAUUGUUAUUUUGAGUCACACGUCCAUGGCAGGUCUAAUCAGUUCAGUUUCUAACACGAAGUUCGUAGAAACGAUGAAUUCAUCUCUUGGUAAUAUUUUUAUGUCCAGUGGACCAUUAUGUGUUUCUACAAUGUUUUGUUUAUCUUCUACUCUCUUAUCUUAUGGAAUUUUUUCUCGUUUCGAAAAAAGAAAACUUACAUUAAAUCAUUUGGUAAUGCUUUUCGUUGACCGAUAUUUAAGGUUGAUACCGCCAUUAGCAGUAGUCCUACUUUUUAACGUAACUUGGUGGCGCCACAAUGGAAGCGGUCCAAACUGGAACAGGAUUGUUGGAAAAGAAUAUUUAAAUUGUAGAAAAAAUAUGUGGACUAACUUAAUGUUUCUAAAUAACUUGAUAGAUCCUGAAAAUAUGUGCACACCUACCACAUGGUAUGUAGCACUCGAUACACAAUAUUUCAUCAUGAUUUUGCUACUUUUGUGGUAUAUAAAAAAACAUGAAAAAUAUAUGUUACAUAUAGUUGGAGGCUUAUUAUCCACAACUCUAUUAAUCACAUUCUACAUCAACUAUAUCAACAAAUUGGAAGCUUUGAAUAUACCAAAGGCAGAGACCCUGUAUAAUAUGAAAAACCUAAGGGGAAAUCCGCAUUGGCAUAAACAGAUUAUAUCACCCUUUGGAAACACAUGCGGUCCUCUGCUUGGUGUUAUCUUUGGUUAUAUCAUAUAUAAAACAAAAAACGUCAAGAUGUUCAAACAAAAGAGAACAAUGUGGAAAAUACUAUUCUAUUUUUUCUUUUGCAUUCCGGCGCUAUCGAUUAUAAUAAUUCCAGGUUGGUAUAUAUUAGUACUCAAACCUGAAUAUGAUCCAUUUGUGGCUUCUUUCAUCGCCGUGAUUGGCAGACCUAUAUUUAUUUUAUCGAUAGGAUUUGGAAUAUAUGGAUGCUUGCACGGUAUUGCUGGAAUUCCCGAACAUGUAUUAAAAUGGCACCCGGUGUAUAUUUUGGGCAGAUUGUCUUAUAGUGUUUAUCUAGUACAAUGUACAAUAAUUUUAUCCAGAGCAGCAGUAGCGAGAGCUCCUGCAUAUGUUUCCGAAAUACAAAUUGCUUAUUAUCUGCUGGGAGAUGUUGCAGCUUCUUUUCUUGUAGCUCUCUUGGUGACAUUAUUUUUCGAAAUGCCAAUUUCAGCCUUGCAGAAGUAUCUAUUGCCACGACGUUCAAAAAAUAUUGAAGAGAAGAAAGAACAAUAGUAGCUAUUUAUUUUUGUAUUGUAAUAAAAAUAUUAGACCAA